AGUACCCAAGCCGGGGUGACCCUUGGGUCUUAGCAGCACAGCUGACAAGAGAGCCUGCCCUCCCCCAGGGUCCCCAGAGAGCUGGUGCCUCCCCUGGGUCCCAAUUUGCAUGGCAGGAAGGGGCCUGGUGGGGAAGAGGCGGGGAGCAGGCAGACUGCAGCCCAGGCAGUUACACGUUUUCCCCCAGGAGCCUCCGUUGUCACGGGCUUGGGGCUGGAGACAGGGUGAGCAUGGCAGGGUCGGCGUUGAUUCCCGGGCUCAACAACUGGCUGGUGCUGGGGCUGCUGCUCCUUUCAGGUGAGAAGGUGCUGGCGGACAGAACAGAUGACCUGCUCCGGGAUCCCAAAGGAAACACUUGUUCCCGGAUCUGGCAGCACCCACGUUUCGUGGCCAAGAAACGGGGCUCCACAGUGGAGAUCAGGUGCCACGUGGAGAAUAAUGGCACUGUGAGCUGGUUCUGGAAGCCGAAGCCGGACUCAGAGCCCAAGAUAUUUCACCCGGAGGAGGGCCGCAUCAUCCAGACCCGUAACAACUCGGAGGCCAUUCUCACCAUCCUAGGCAUCCAGUUUCAGGACAAUGGCAUCUACUUCUGCAAGCAGGAGUGCGCCAAGGGAGCCCAGAGGACAGAGCAUGGCUGUGGCACCGAGCUCCGGGUCAUGGGGUUCAGCACUUUGGCCCAGCUGAAGCGGCGGAACACACUGAAAGAUGGCAUCAUCAUGAUCCAGACCUUGCUUAUCAUUCUGUUUAUCAUUGUGCCCAUCUUCCUGCUGCUGGACAAGGAUGACAGCAAGGCCGGGAUGGAGGAAGAUCACACCUAUGAGGGCCUGGACAUUGACCAGACAGCCACUUAUGAAGACAUAGUGACUCUGCGGACAGGGGAGGUGAAGUGGUCGGUGGGUGAGCACCCAGGCCAGGAGUGAGGGGCCGGCCCUCCCCAUGCUCCUGGGCACAGCCCGCUGGGCCCUCAGUGACUGCUUCAGAGACAUCCCCCACUUUUCCCUGGACCCCCGUCAGCCUCCAAAGCAGGCCUGCCAGACCCACCUGCCCAUCCAGCCCUUGGUCCCCAUCUCUCACCGAAGGGACUGGCACAGAAGGGCUGCAGGGCAGUGAUUAGGACCAAGGGGGUCCUCGGGGGUUAGACUGGACCCCACCUUCUGGGGGUCCUAUGUGGGGGAUCCAUGGCCCUGUGAAGGCCAGGGAAGGCAGAGACUUGUCUGGAACCUGCAAGUGGACUCAGAGCAGCCUGGCUUCUCUGGAGAGCUGGGGCAGGGUCACAGCCUACCCCAAGUAGCCGCAGACGGGCCACAAGAGCUUCGUCCCUCUCCCGUUCUCUCCUGCUCUCUCCCGCCCUCCCCAUCCCCAGGGGGCUGCUGGCCUUGAGCCCUUUCCCCCGUGGAAUAAACAGUGUGUCUUGAGAAAACACACACAGGCUUGUGACGUCUGUGGUUCUGGAGUGGAUAAGGGUACCUGUUUGGGCACAAAUGUUCGGGCACCCACCAGCCUGGGGGCGGGGAGGUCUGCUCAGCUCAUGUCCGGCUCUCUGGAGGCCCAGUUGGGACCUGUGGUCGUGUCUGCUUUCUUUCCCCGCUCUGAUUCUGGCGGGACCCCGAACAGCAGAGAAGGUCUAACUGGACUGGUCCUUCUUCUUGGUGGGGAUGCCCGCGUCCUGCCUCCUCUUCAGCUGACAAGCAGCGCUUGAGUCCUGCAGGACUCGAGCGUCUCAGCCCUAGAGGAGCCACCCUCCCGUACCCACCCCAGUCUUCUUGUCCUUCAAGGUCCUCCACCUACAGGAAGCCUUCCCAAAAUACCCCAGCCCCUGCCUGAUCCCUGUUUGGACGCCGUCCUCCACAGCUCUGGUGUAGCUACAACUUUGCAUUGCCCGUCUUGGCCUCGUUCUCCAGUUAAACUAGAAGGUCCCUGAGGGCAGGGCUUCCCCUGCCUCUACUCUACACCUCCUGUCCUCCACCAAGCCUGGAUAUAUGUAUAUACAUUUUUUCUUACGAACUUUGACUUAACUUUUCACAGUCAAAAAUUGUUCUUUGUCAUCCAAUAAAUGUAUAGGUAUGGAUAUGAUUUUGGUCAAACAUUAAACUAUGAGAUGCUGGA